UUGCUUGUUAAUCCCUACAGGAAUGCGGGUUUGGAUAUGGGGAGGAUGCACAGUGCAUGACUUGCAGGCCAAACAGAUUCAAAGAAGACUGGGGCUUUCAGAAGUGCAAGCCUUGUCUGGAUUGUGCACUAGUUAACCGUUUUCAGAAGGCCAACUGUUCUGCCACCAGCAAUGCACUAUGUGGAGACUGUUUACCAGGUUUUUAUAGGAAGACCAAGCUCGGAGGCUUUCAAGACAUGGAGUGUGUUCCCUGUGGUGAUCCUCCUCCUCCCUAUGAGCCCCACUGUACCACCAAAGUAAACCUUGUGAAGAUCCCAUCAACUGCUUCCAGUCCUCGAGACACUGCUUUAGCAGCAGUUAUAUGCAGUGCACUUGCAACAGUGCUCUUGGCUCUUCUUAUUCUUUGUGUUAUCUAUUGCAAGAGGCAAUUUAUGGAGAAGAAACCAAGCUGGUCUCUGAGAUCACAAGACAUUCAUUACAAUGGGUCUGAAUUGUCUUGUUUUGAUAGACCACGGCUAAAUGAAUACAACCACAGAACGUGCUGCCAGUGCCAGAGAAGCACAUCACAGACCUGUGGGCCUGUUCAUUUGAUUCCUUCACUGUGUUGUGAUGAAACCUGUAGCAUGGAGCACAGCAGUCACAGUUGUGCUUUGCACUCACAGACUACACUUAAUGAAAGGGCUUCUGAUUCUGUUGGAGAAAUGAUUCCUGCCUUCCUUGGUUCUCUUUCACACUCUGCUUGUGGAGACAUUUCAGAUGCUUGGCCUCUGAUGCAAAACUCAGCUUGUUGUGACAGCAUUUCUUUCUGUGAAUCAUAUUCAGAACUGGCUGGAGUUGCUGCAAAAUCCUGCAGUCUGGAUACUGAAAAUGCAACUGCCAUUGAGUCAGAUAAUAACCAGGAGCUAAGUGAUGUACUUACUUCAGCUAAGUCUCCUGAUGGAAACAUUGCAAAGUCCUUUGAAAUAUCCAAGCAUAGAACAUAUAUAGAAGUUUCAUCACUUCAGAACUCAGCUGCUGCUGAAACCGAGCCAAAGACAAAGUGUAAUGGAACAGCAGAUGACUCUACAGACUGAUAAAGAGGAAAGCAAAGUAUUUCUCUCAGCACUAAAACAUUAUGCUUCCCUAAUGCUCGGCUGCUGACUGUCAUCAAAUACAGCCUGGUCUUCAGUGUCACACAGUUUCAGAAUCAGCUGGAAAAUAAUGGCAUCAUUUCACACAAUCUAAGCAGUUGCAUCUGAGCCAUAACAGCUGUAAAAUGAAACUUUAAGGAGCAUCCUAGGAGAACCCUGAGAGCGGAUUUAUGAACAUUUGCAUCUCCUAUUAAAAAAGAACCUUUUAGUCCCUAAGAUUCUCAAGAAGUCCAAUGGAGUGAGCAUACAAAUGUAUGUAAAUAUAUCAAGAAAUACAAAUAUGUUAAUGUGUUUACAUGGUUAUCUUAAAUAUAGCUGCAGCUGUGAGAAGGCCUGGGACGAGACUUUGCCAGUUACUCUGCUUGCAGAUUUAUGCAUGCAUUUGAUAUUGUUUUCUGAUUCCAGUUUUUAACUUAGUUUCCUGCUGUUGAAGGACUUAAAAACAAAACAUUUCUAUUUAUGUGAGGAUCAUCUAUUGAUAAACUGAAGCUUUUAUUAUACAUUACAUUGUAGUCAUUAAGCUAGUUUGGGGAGUUACAAAAUUUGCAUGUGACAUGAUAUAGUUGAAGUCCCUCUCACCCCAUUAUUUUGUCUGUGGGAGGGAACAUUGUUUUGUUCAAUGUAGCAGGAGAUUAGCUGUGCAUUAGGUUUAAUGAAAGUCAGCUGUAUAGAAAGGGAUGUUAUGUUGCUGGUAGUCCCACUGUUGGAACAUAGCACUUGUUGUUAUAACGUGUAUUUUUUAUGUUAAAAUAAUAAAUGUAGUCAACUCACAUCAAGACAGCAAAGUCAGCAGGUGUGUCACACAGCUAUUCAUACUAUGAGAUCUAUUACUAAUAAUGAAUUAUUUUCAUUGCUAAAGUGAUGGUCUCGAGCUUCAUUGUGAUUUAAUUCACUCAUUUAGUAGACCUCCUGUGUUUUUAAUUCACGUCACCCUGUCCUUCUCACUGAAGCAUUUUGUGUAAAUUUCACAUUCACAUAAAAACAGAUUCCUAACUUUUUGUAAUACCUCUGAAUUGAAUCUUUGGAGGCUGCAUGUGUGCCUAGUUCAUAAAUAUCUACUUUCUUUCCUGUUUGUUCUUUAUGUCUUUUACGACUGUGGUUUGUUGUAGCACUUCCUAUAAAACUGUGGAUUCUGUAGCCAUUUUUCCCUAACAUAGUUUUAACUUCUGUGAGUAAUUCCUGUAACCUCUACUGGCUCACUGAAUUCAACAGGCUCCAACCUGCUAGUUGUGACCUCCAGCAAUCAUUCUGUACGAAAUCCCCGAUGUGCCUUGACAAAAGCAAAGCAAUCGGCAAAACAAAUGCAAUUUUGCAUUAAAUAUUACUCAUCUUUCUGCACGUGGUUGGUACGGCAAUGGAAAUGGUGAGACAGUCACGUUCGUAACAGAAAGAGACUUCUUUGAAGAACCCGGUGCAAGAUAAACCUGUACAAUAGUUAGGUUGAGUAUAGGCAGCCGAAAUCAAUGAGAUUAUUAAUGUGUGCAAAAACUGUUGAUUAACAGUUGUCAAAUUCACGCCAUAGUGAAGAAACUACAUAAGGGGCUUAUUUUAAUCAGUAACUACUCCUAUUUGAUCUCUUAUGUAGAAUAAUACUCAGUUAUACAAGGAGUAUAAUUACAUAACUUAAUACUGAAAAGUGUAUACUCGAAUAAGAAUAGUUUUGAAUAAAUUCUUUGAAUGCUUUCACACAUUUAAGAAGUGUUGAAAUAUUAUUUUUCACUAAAUGUGCGUGAAGAGAUGUGUGCUUCUUUGUAAAUAUCUGUAAAUAGAAAAAAUCCAAUAUGCAUUUCAUUACAUGGAAAGAUAUUUUUAGAACAUGUGGAUUUUUAACUUCUCAUUAUUAACAGUUCUUUAAAAUACUGUGUUCAAAAAUUUUGCCAGCAUCUGUCACAGUAAGUAUGUUUUCCCACUGGAAUUUACACUUCGUAUGUUUUUGUCCGGCAACUCCAGAUAGAAGGACUCUUAUCUUCACAUGAGUGACAGAUGGCUUCGGAGCAAAGAGGGAGGAAAAAUGAAAAGAGUGCUUUUCGAAUAUAUGUAUAUUGUGUAUAUAUUUCUUUCCUUAAUUUAACCAAAUUGGUCUUUUUUAUAUUGCCUGUGGCAAGCAAUGUUGUACAUGCCAACAGAAAACAAACACUACCACCGCAUUUUGACUGCCCACAUAUCACAUCUAUGGACUUACAGUGCUGUUUUAAAUCAUCUUUUAAAGAAUGUAAAUUAAAACCUUGUAUAAAUUGCUUUGUAUUACUUCUUUUUUUUUUACUUGUGAAUAAAAUGUUACUUGAAUCAUUC